AUUUCACACCGGAAACGCCGUUGCUCUGUUUAUAAGCGCCAAUUUAACAGCGGCUAACGUCAGUUCAUUCCUGUCCACUGUUUACAACGUUUAUAAAUCAGUAAGAGGUAAAAGUCCACUGCUGGUUGUUUGUUACAGCCUGGUUGCGCCACAAACAUGACGAAGCACGAGUUUGAGGUGGCGAUGACCUGUGAAGGAUGCUCUGGAGCUGUGACCAGAGUCCUCAACAAGCUGGGAGAUGUGAAGUUUGAGAUCGACCUGCCCAAGAAACUGGUUUGGAUCGAGUCCGACAAAGACGCGGACUUCCUAAUGGAGACGCUGAAGAAAUGUGGAAAGGAGGUCAAGUACAACGGCGCCAAAUGAAGGAAUGUGCUUUCACGUAGAGCGGGUGGCGUGAUGACGGGGAUACAGUGAUAAAUGUGUGUUUCUUUUCCGAGGACUGUUGGUUAGGAUCGCCGUCAGUCUGCAUGGCUUUCUCCGACCACCAGAAGGGUUCAUUAUUAUUGCUUUUAUUAGAUGUAUUGUCUUUUCAAAUCAGUUCUGCCUGUUCAGACGACAACAGAAGAGCCUCGAUUGUAAAAACAAAAUUAAACAGUUGUGCUGCGUAACCUUCUUUCCCGUGGUAGAGGUGCAUAAGUCAAGGAAUAAUGUCCAAAUCAACCAAAUCUGGCCGAAUCUGGCAUGAAGCUGCAUGCAGGACAACCACAACAGUGUCAUCGAGGCGUUCCUCUACGUGUUAUUCAUCUCUCCAGAUUCACAUGAAGAGUAUUAGUCCUGCAAGUCCCGACUAGUUUCAUUAUCAGUCGGUCUGUUAUGGAUUUAUAAAUAUAUGGGCGUGGGUUGGCUUACUUCUUUCAUCUGUGUGUAUUUUCUUUAGAAAAUGAUUGCUGCUGAUGCAAGGUGAAGAUUUAUGCUGGAAUUCUUUAUCUGUCAGGAAGAGUCUGAUGCCCCCCCCCCUUAGAUGCCAAACCUCCCCAAGCUCAAACGCACAACAAUCCCCUCGGAUGCAGAUCUCGCUGUCUGUCUGUACGUGCAGCACUGGGGUCGAGGCAGGGCUGUGCACUGACACAUGUAUGUUAAUACAAACAGAACAUCGGCGCAGGCAGGUUAGAAGACUGGUUGUCAUUCUCAUGGAAUUAUGUAACUGUCUUUGGAAAGGUCACCUUAAAUCUGCAAAACAGCUGACGCACAUUCCCUGGUUUGUAAAGCAUUACUGCUAACUAUUGGCUAUAUUUGACUCAGUAUUAUAGCAUUUAUUGGAUUUGAUAGAAUGAUCUGCACCAAUGGGGAACCUCCGUCUGUCUCUCUUCCCUCUUCAGUGACCAUCUGCUGGACUUGAUUUUGUUAGACUACUUUCUUUUAGCUUCGUCACAAUUUCCACUACAGUGAUCCACUAACACCACAGGUUAAAUGUAUCAUGUUGAUUGAAAUUAACCGACAAAUGUUUUCUGUUACUAACAUGAAGCCCUUAUUGUAAUUCACUCUGUCUUUUUGUCUCUCUGGAAAAAAGAGAAGCACCCUCUCCAGGGCUUUUUGUAAUUGUCUCUUGAUAUGUUGUGUACACAACCUACACAAUAAAAUCCGUUCAGUCUG